GCAGAUUUAUUCAGUUUUUGCCCUUUUAAGGGCAUUAGCUUUCUUCGAUUCCUCUUCUUCUAUUUUUCUCCAGAGGGCAGUAAUAGCACAGGUCAGGCCAAGAGGGCUCUUCUAGUAGGGCGUGGCUCGACUAUUCCUCGGAAUUCUGACCCUAACCCCAAGGCCUUGGCUUCUUUCCCCAAUGCCGCCCCCCAUUCCUGAAUUUCAGAAUAUGAGCAGGUCCCCAUGCCCGUGAACCUCACGCUGGGAGCGCCCUCUGCCCUAGCCGCUAGCUUUCUCAUAAGCGCCGGCCAUUGAAGGGCCUGCACCAAUCCUAGGUCAAGAAUAUGGAUGGCUUUUUUGCCCUCCGUCGCCUGCGCUAUGGUCUCGUUAGCGGCCAUGAAACCGAAGGCUAUGUGGGGAGUGCACUGGUAUAAGAGCUGAAAUCCUUCUGCUCUUUCCGCCUUGGUUGGAGCACGCAUGAGAUCAGAGCCCCCUGGAGGCUGCAGAGUGCUCAACUUAGUACCACAAGAGUUGUUGUUGUUCUGGAGAAGCAGUAAAAGGCGGGAGGUAAGCCCUUUGGCGAAACAGCAUGUGGCCCUCUGUAAUGCAUCUCCGCAGGGGUGAGCCGAUUUCCAGAUUUGCUGCAACACCUUUGCAGCUAAUUGUACAAAUGGAAGCUUGUGAAGCAAGUGGUGAAGGACGUUUUCCAGACAUUGGAUGUUGGAUGUGGUCAAAUGAAGGAAUAAGGAACCGGUGGAUUAUAGAAAACUGGAUGCCCAUUUUCAUCAUUUCAAAGUUUAGGGGCACAAAGAGUUAAGAACGUAUGCAUCAUAUCUCAUGCCUUCUGUCAAGAGAAAAAGAAAACCGGGCAAAAACAUUACAUGUUGCUCUUGGAACAGGUGGGUUGAAGGCCACUCUCCCAAGUUCCCAUCAAUGCGUGUCAGUUUGACAACAAGAAGAGUAGUAAGGGAUGUGAUUAGAUCAUUUCUUUAGUAACGUUUUGGUCAAGGGUAUUGACCUAAUAGCAGUGUAACAUGGUCAAUGGUAUUGUUGUAAUGGCAUUGUAACAUGGUCAAGGUAUUGACCCAAUAGCAUUGUAACAUGUACAAAAAUAAUGAUUAAUAAAAAAAAUUAUUGCA